UGUGAGACUCGAUGUAAUUGCUGUGAGAAUUGAAUCAUAAGUUUUGACAUUAAGUAGACUUUGAGUAGACUUUGAGUGCAUUUGCAUUCAUAUAUCCAUUCAUUGAAUCAGUGAUCCAUUGCUGCGAUUAACCAAUCAGUCGAUUAUUUGCCACUAUUUUAGUGAACAAAUCAGUCAAUACUUGUCGCCAUCAAUGUCUGCAAAAAGCUCUUCAGAUCUGUUACGCGCCGGUCAUGCGUUUGCCGUCGAGGCAGACAAACAGACCAACACUGGCCUCACCGGUGAUGAUAACUACAAGAAGUUGAGGGCCUAUCACACCAACAAUGCAUUGAAACUCAAUUUAGUGGAUCUGUUUGCUGAAGACAAGCAACGAUUUGAUAAAUACAGCGUUAAACUCCAAACACCAAAAGGCGGACACAUUUUGUUUGAUUACUCGAAGAACUUGAUUAACAAAGAAGUGUUGGAUCUGUUGCUGUCUUUGGCCGCCAGUCGUAAUGUGGAGACAAUGCGUUCAAAGUUGUUCUCCGGGGAGAAAAUUAAUUUCACCGAAAAUCGGGCCGUUCUUCACAUGGCUUUGAGGAACAGAUCCAAUACUCCCAUCGUUUUGGAUGGAAAUGAUGUGAUGCCUGAAGUGAACCGAGUUUUGGACAAAAUGAAGACAUUCUCUGAUAAUCUCAUUUCUGGCAAAUGGUUGGGCUAUACCGGUAAGAAGAUCACAGAUGUGGUCAAUAUAGGCAUCGGUGGCUCAGACUUAGGACCAGUUAUGGUGACAGAAGCUCUUAAGCACUACAGAGUUGGCCCUAAAGUGCAUUUCUGCUCGAAUAUCGACGGAACACAUCUGGCGGUCAUUCUCAAGGAAUUGAAUCCCGAAACAACUCUUUUUAUAAUCGCGUCGAAGACAUUCACAACACAGGAGACCAUCACUAACGCCGAGUCGGCCAAAGAGUGGUUUCUUGCGUCCGCCAAAGACAUCAAAGCUGUGGCCAAACAUUUUGUGGCCCUUUCGACAAACAGAGACAAAGUGACGGCUUUUGGAAUCGACGAGAACUCGAUGUUUGGGUUCUGGGAUUGGGUCGGCGGUCGGUAUUCCCUUUGGUCCGCAAUCGGUCUCUCCAUUGCUGUCUUCAUUGGAUUUGAUAACUUUCGAGAGCUGUUAGAAGGCGGCCAUUGGAUGGAUAAGCACUUCCAGGAGACACCCCUUAAUCAGAAUAUACCGGUUCUAAUGGCACUGUUGGGUGUUUGGUAUAUAAACUUUUAUGGGGCCGAGACUCAGGCGAUCCUACCGUACGACCAAUACAUGCAUCGGUUCGCCGCAUACUUCCAACAGGGGGACAUGGAGUCCAAUGGCAAGUACGUGACCCGUUCCGGUCAAACGGUGAACUACUCUACGGGUCCUAUUGUGUGGGGCGAACCGGGAACUAACGGACAGCACGCCUUCUAUCAACUCAUACAUCAGGGAACGAGACUUAUUCCCUGCGAUUUUAUAGCACCCGUCAAAACGCUGAACCCAUUGCGCAAUGGAUUGCAUCAUCAGAUCCUUUUGGCCAACUUCUUGGCACAAACCGAGGCUCUUAUGAAAGGCAAGAGUAGACAACAGGCAGAGAAUGAGUUGAAGAAGCAGUCGAAGAGCGACGAAGAGAUACAACGGAUUAUCAAUCAUAAGCUGAAGACGUUUGACUUGUCGAGCAAUUGCGGAUCAGUUGAAGACCUGUGCGAUGGUGUGGCCAUCAGCCAUGUCCUCAACCAAAUAUGUCCGGAGUAUUUCAAGAGUGAUUGGCUCAAGAAGAUUGAGACGGACUGCGGCACCAAUUGGAGGCUUCGGGUGUCAAACCUGAGGAAAGUGUACGAAGCGGUCGUCGACUACUAUACCGAAGAGUUGGACAAACAAAUAGACGAUAAGUUGUUGCCAGACGUCACACUCAUCGGUCGCGACCGCAACACCAAACAGUUAGCCCUUCUCUUGCAGCUCAUCCUCGGCUGUGCCAUCAAUUGUCACCGAAAGGAGGACUUCAUAGCUAUUAUGACGAACUUAGACCUCGAGGUUCAGCACGGAAUCAAGACAGCGAUCCAACAAAUGGAGACUUUCGACGAUAUUAACAGUUUAGGGGGCGUUGAGCCCACAUUAGCCACCAAUCAAGUGGUUAUUGAGACGAAUGAGUCUUCGGUGCAAAGAUGUGCAGAACUGGAAGCGAUUGUCACUAAACUGAAUGACGAGAAACUGAUGCUUCAGUUGGAAAACGAGAGAUUGGCGGAGAAGAUGAAAAUAUUGCGAAACUAUGAGUCAAACAGCAAUCAGAAGGACUCCAUUGAUAACGAGGCGGUGUUCCAGCGCCUCAACAAUCAGAUAAUCGGUUUACAAAACGAUUUGUUGAGAACCGAAGAAAUCAAAGAGGAUUUCCGAUUGAAUUCCGAACUCAACGAAAAAGAGGCGAAUAAACUGAGGCAACAAUUGGAUCAAACGAUGUCUAAGUUGAAUGACUUGAAGCAGGAUAGGGACGAAUUGGAUAGACUUCAGUACCUCAACGAAGAGCUCGAGAGGUAUAAGAAUAAAGAGGUUGUCUUCCAGAGGAGGAACGAUGAGUUGAAAGAAGCCAAAAGACAACUCCAAACCCUCGAUGACCGCAACGUCUCGCUGACCAAAAAGAUUUGCGAAUUAGAGGAUGAGGUGAAGGGUUUGUUACUAUUUAAGGGUCAGAUCGAUGUCUUCAAAAGACAGAAAGAAGACCUCAGACUCAAAGUGGGAGAGGAAGGGUUCCGGGCGGACAGGGCUGAGGAGGAGACCAAACGGAUGACCAAGAAAUAUGAAGAACUGCAACACGAAAAGGAUAAACAUAUUAAUGAAUUGAAUGAUUUGAAGGCAAUGUUAAGUCAGCAAAAAAACGCUAUGAGUCUGGAGGCGGAGUACGCGCCGGUCAUGCAUUCAACCCAACAUUCGGUGGAAUUGAUGCAAAAAAGUGAUUGCAAUUCGACCGAAAUUCGAGAGAAAUUAACUCGACUUGAGUUUGAAAACAAGAAACUAAAGGAAACCCGUCAGAAGUCAGAUGAUGAACGCGUCAGACUUCUGGAGUCACAACUGGAAGAGGAGAGGAAGCGAGUGAUGGCCUUAGAGAAAGACCAGCGGCUGACCAAUCAGAAGGUCAUCAAAUUGGAGGCUGAGUUAAGAGAUUCGGUUCGCCUGACGUCGGAUGACGAGCAGAUGCAGACGUUUCAGGAUAUAAUCAAACAGAAAGAGCUGUCACUCGAGGCCACAAAACACGAGUUAUUGAACGCACAGCAAGAGAUUGAUUCCCUAAAAGCAGUGGUCAUUAAGAAGGAUGAAGAUCUUAAUGAUAGGGAAGAUCAGUACAAGAAGUAUGUCAACAAAGCAAAGGCCGUGAGCACUGCUUUGGAUCAGUUGUCGCAACAGAGUAUUAGCAGUAUUAGCAGCACGUCUUCCGACGCCAACAAUGAUAUUAAUUAUUGGAAACAAUUAGUGCAACAAAAAGAUUUAGAGCUUUUGAAGUUUAAACAAGAUUUCGAUGAAACCAAUAGUUUGCGGGAAAUGGAGGCCAAACUCCUUACCAUUUCUUUUCACAAUUUGAGCUCUCAUUUGCAGAGAAAGUCAGCCGAAGACAGAAUAAGAAACGGUUCCUUAAAUUCGGGUCAAAAUUCCGUUUCAUUUCUUGCGCGCCAAAGACAAGCGACGACUCGGAAGUAUAAUAUGCCGACAGUCUCGCAGAGGUAG